CGGCGAUCGAAUUGACGCUUGAGCUUGAACUCGAAUGUUUGUGUUGGUGCUGGGAGGGGUCCAAUCCAAGAAAAAUGGCUUGUGACAUUCAAGUCGUGAACCAAUCUGUUUUAAGUAGGAUAGAAAGUUUUAUGAAUGACAGCGCUUAUAGAGAAACAAUAGAGAAUUCGGCCAACUUCAACACACGAUUAUGUAUAGAAAGGCGGUUACGAAUGCCUUUCCUCGACCCACAGACAGGUCUGGCGCAGAAUCACUCGAACCUGUUCAUGAGCGCGCGUCAGCGUUUGCCUGGCCUGUCCCAGGGUCAGGUGUACAGCUAUCCGUCGAAAAGGUGGCGCAAGAAACGACGUCAAUACCUCAUGAACAUGAUGCAGCCGCUGCAGCGUCGCAAGGAGACGGCUGAGAUGCAGCCGGAGGCGGCAGAUGUCAUCAUGCCUGUCAUGGCCGACGGCGGUGGUGGGGGCGUGGCUGGAGGCGUAAUGGGCGGGGCGGCUGUGGGGGCUGGGCCGCUCAGUGCUGCCAACGAAGACAGCAAGGACAGUUCUGGUCACAAGGAGGAGGCUGCGCCCAAAGUCACCGUCACCGAUGAGCCGUGGUACUAUGACGAACUGGACCUUCACGCAAUGGACGGCUUCGACGAGCCGGAUCCGGACUCUGAUUACGACUACGAGGAACCCUACCCCAAGCGCAAGAAGAAGCGCGCCGUCUUCGGCAAGCCCAGAGGCGGCAACCUCGCCGCGCCCACCGACUCGCCGCAUCCCAGGAAGCCAAAGGCCCAGGGACCCGGCAGAGGGAGGAAGAAGGGAAUGGUUUAUGCCGACUUGACAGAUGCAGACAAACCUUUCGCCUGUGACCAGUGCGGCGCGCGCUACAAGACACGGCCGGGACUCACCUAUCACUACACGCACUCGCACAAGGAGCAGGGCACUGGCCGAGGGGCCGUGGCGGGGGCCGGGGGCAGUGUGGGUGGGGCGGCAGGUGACGAGGAGGCAAGCAGCGAGGCACUGCCUCCGCCUUCGCCCUCCAACGCCCCCAACGUCCAGGACAAGGGCACCGACCCAGCCGCCGCACAAGGCAAAGGUUGGACCAAGUUUCAGGACAGUUAUCUCACCUUCCUUAACACCCCCGGAGGAAGCUCUAAGAAAAUGAAGCAUAAUGCUGCGGGCAGCAGUGGACAUAGCAUUCCGCCGUCGGUCGGCUCUGAAGACUCAUCUCAAUCGAGUAAUCCUGCUUUCGACAAAAAGCCAUUCGAGGAGCCAAUGCCAGUGCUGACAAUGGAACAGAAUGAGAAGGAAAGGGCAGCUCCUUCUCCGUAUUGUGACUUCUGCCUCGGUGACGCUGAGAUCAACAAAAAAUCUGGCCAACCCGAAGAGCUUGUCUCUUGCUCCGAUUGUGGUCGUUCAGGUCACCCGACGUGCUUGCAGUUCACUUCCAACAUGAUAAUAUCUGUGAGGAAAUACAGAUGGCAAUGCAUAGAGUGCAAAUGUUGUUCCGUUUGUGGAACCUCUGACAAUGAUGACCAACUUCUGUUCUGUGACGAUUGCGACAGGGGCUAUCACAUGUACUGCUUGGCUCCUCCGCUCUCCUCUCCCCCCGAGGGAUCCUGGAGUUGCCGCCUCUGUAUUUCUGUAUUUCAUUCCAAGUGAAUCAAAUCAUCUAUGUAUUCUCUAUAUUUGUCAGAUGUACAGUGGAACAUUCUUUUAAUUAACAGGGUAUUAUUUCGAAAGCUAAGAAUUCAAGCUGUUGGCCUAAGAUCAAUUAGACAACACAGAUAAUAUAUUAAUACUUUUAUUUUAGAGGAAACCCCACUACAUUAAGAAUCUACUUCUUGAAUGUGGCAGUUAUUAGUAUUGAAAAGUAAUAUUCAGCAUUAUUUCAGGAAAUGUGUUUCCGUCUUCAAAUUCGUACAAGCGUCUUCAGCAUGGUAUUAAUUUAAGUCGAUAUUAUAUUUAAAUUACAUUAAAUAGAUUUAGUUUCACUGAUCUCAAAUUCAGAAUCAAAAUACUUUGAAAUUUGUUUGAAUUAACAGAUUUUCUGCAAUUUUAAGAAUUUAACUCAUUAUAGCAGGAGACUACCGGUGUCAAAUAAUUUGUUUAUGCAGCUUUGCGUUACAGUAUUAAAAAUCACUGCUUCCAGGAAGUUAAUAAUUUAUUCUAUCAAUCCUAUGUAAUUUUAUUUCUCAAAUUAAGAGGCUUCACUUUUUUAUAAAAUUCAAGCUAGACUUGGUUUAUAAUAAUUUACUCUAUCAAACCUAUUUAAUUAAAUUUCUCAAAUUAAGAGGCUUCACUUUUUUAUAAAAUUCAACCUAGACUUGGUUUAUGAUAGAGUUCUCAAUAUCUUUUAUCCUAGAUAUGAGUGAUCAUAAAUGUGUAUAAUUUCUUGAAGAAAUGUGUCCACUGUAUAUUAAAUUUAUAAUAAUUUGACGUUGUCGAUCGAUGUUGUCAACUAUAGAUAGAUGUUCAGUAGUGUAAGCUGUUCAAUGUUCUCAAUUUAUUAGAUUCUAUGUUCAUCUUCUCAUUUUAUAUCGAAUCAAUUUCUCAAAUUGAAAUUGCUUCUAGUCCUAUAUAUGUAUUGACUUUUCUGUUUUGAAUCAGUAUUGUUUGGAGUUGAUUAAAGUAUGUGAGACACACAACAUAUUAUGUGUUUGUUUCUAUUAAAAUAGCUUAGAUUACUGUAUUGUAAUAGCUCAUUGUUCACAGCAGCUUGUAAGAUUUUUCUUUAUGCUGUUGAUAAACUUACAUUUUAAGAAUAAUCAGUCUAGAUCGACUUCAUUAUUUGUUUCUUAUUCUAUUAUAUUUCACUUUGAAUGUAUUCAACAUUAUUCGUCAAGUUGUCGGAAAAUUGAAGAAAUCCGUUCUUCAUAAAUACAAUUUCAAACAAUCAAUUUUUUAGUUACAUCUCGAUGAGUUUCCAUACAGUUUCUCUAAAUUAAUAUUGUGGGAAGAAAUCAGCACUCCAACAAUGAUUAGAUUUGUUUUAUAUUGCUAUUGAAUUCCUCACGAUCAAUAAUAACUGUAGAGAUUCAGAAGAAUUGAAGAGAACUGAAUAGUUUUCAACUUCAUGCUAUUAACAUGGAUUAAUUACUGAUCUAUUACUUGAAAUUCACUAGAAUAAUAUGUUCAAAUGGUUGUCAUUAGAUCUCAUCGAAUGUUUUGUCCUUAUUAAUUUAUCACUGUUGGAGAAAUAUGUAUGUGUUGGAAGAAAUAUAUUCUUCCAAAUUUUUGAGCUUUAAAAUAUUGCACGAUCUGGACUCAAAGCAUGAAACUUGAUUAUUCUUUAGUAUUUGAUAGGAAACCUCAUUUAAUAAUGACAUUGAAUCAUGUUAUUGAAUCCCAACGUGACGCUGUUUCAUACAAGUAUUGCUGUAAUCGAAACCUCAAUUCCAGAGGGCAUUGUAUGUAGUUCUACAUGUGUAUUGCAUAGUUUCAACAUGCAUCUAAUAUCCAAGAUUGUCAAGUGUUCAUUUAAAUGUUUGGCAAACUCAAGCAUAUUUAUGGUUCUAUUAAAAUUAGCGCACAUAUAAUUGAUUUAUGAAUAAUUUUCGAGCAUUAAACCAAAACUGGCUUGACCAAAUGAGAUCAUUUUAGUUAAUAAUUCCUUGUUUACUUAUGUUUUCUGCAGAAUUUUAUUAUAUUAUAUUUCUCCUUAUGAGUAAUUCAUUUAUCAGCAAUUUUUCUUUUCUUGUCAGUCAUAUCUACAACUAGAAUCUCAAAAAGUAAUAUUUUUCUUUCAGCAAUAAAGAUUGAACUGAUAAUUUGUAUUUUAAAGUGAUUUUUCAAAUCAAAUGAUAAUUUAUUAGACUGACAAGGAUACUUUAAGCUUACUUUAGUGAAUCUUUUACGUUAUAUUGCAUUUAGUGCACACGUUCAAUUUAGUAUUUGUACUUAAUUCUUAUUCUCACUGAAAUUAUUUUCAUACUUCCUAGUGUAAAAGCAAUUGUAAAAAUAUUUUUUUAUUAUGGGUAUUGAAUUUAUCAUGUGUAGAGCUUUUGAUGUAAUAGAGAGUAGUUGUAAUGAAUUUUUAUAAUGUUAUAUAAUAUUUUUGUUGAAAGACAAGCUAAAUUUUAUAAAGUUGAAUCGGGACAUUUUUAUAUAUUUUAGCGCCAAUUAUGAAUUUGGUGCAUAUUAACAAUAUUUCUUCUCUUAGGAAUGUCUGUUUUCAUUGUUCAAUUUUCUCGAUUAAAUUAUUAUUGUUCUGGUGUUUUUAAUAUCAAUUGAAAUUUUUUAAGUGUAAUUUCUAAUAAUGAAUGUUGUAUAUCGUUUUCAAUAUUUAUUGUAGGAGGAAAUGUAAAUAAAUGCAAAUCUCUCAUCCUAUUGUUUGAAGGUAUAAAAUUGACCCUCUUUCAGCUAAUAAAUGUAUUUUCACUAUUCUAAUAACAUUAAUUUAUAUUUUAAAUCAUUUGAUCUUUUCUUUGAUCUAUUCAACAUUUACCUAUUUCUUAGCAGCUUUUUGUCUUGACUGUAAAAACAGUUGCAAUAGAGAGAGUGGAAAAUAUUUGUCUUCCUUGUCUAUUAUUAUGAUCUAUUUCAUCAAUUUCGAGCAGCUCUUCCAGCACUAGGCUUUUAGUUUAUGUGUGUUUCCGCUACCUGUUGGUGAUAUUUUAAGCACAACAAUAUUUUUAAAAUUCCCAGGAAUUAUUUUCUAUGAACUGUACUUGAAAUGCAAUUAUCAUUAUUCAAACUCUGAAAUAUUUCUUCUAGAUUUAGUUUAGCUGUAGUAAGCACAUACUUUCCAGAGGCACCUAUAUGUAACCCCAAUUCAUUGAUUUUCACAUUUAAUGUAGAAAAAACAAUAUCUCUUCCAAUGAUUAAUGGCUUUCAAUACAAAUUGUUUCAAAAUUUGAAUAAACGUCAAAACUUUGUUAUUAAAUCAAAGUAGGACUAGAUUCAAAUUCGUUCUUCCCAGUGAAUUUUCCCAAAUUUCGAGAGAGCUUUGUGUUUUCUUUGAAUGUUGAAUGUAUUUUAUACUAAUAUUAGUGAGUAAGAGGAUAGAGAUAAUUGUACUAUAAUGGAUACCUAGAAGGGAGAAUAUUUGACCAUUAUGUGUUAGCACAAUAUUUCAUAGCUAUGGUAUUAGAUCAUAAAUUAAAUGGUAUGAAUAUCAAUGAGUUGAUUGAAGUUUUCCCAUUUCAAAUUAUUUUAGGGUUUGUGCCAUAAUUUGAAUUUAAUAAACUUGAUUUUCAAGUAGGUUCAUGUUUUCAAGUGAAGUGUUGAAGUAUAAUUAUUCUAUAAUAAAAUAUCCAUGGUCCUUUGUGGUGCUAUUUGUAAAUGCAUCAAUGUCCCCCAUAGCUGAAGUUUCUUUAGAAUGAUUAUAUUAAUGAGCGAAUUGAAUUUUUAUCAUAUAAUUGAUGGAGUAGCAUUAAAUAUUUGUCUAGUUAUUCCGGUGAGUUUAUUAUUGAUAUAGUUCCUAAUCUUGUUUCAAUAUAAACUAUUGCCUGAUAUUUUCAGCACUGUCGUAACUUUGUACUGUAUCAGUAACUCGAGAUUAAAUGUGUAAUUGAUCCAUGUAAA